UUGAACUUAGUUAUCAAUGAUGUGUCUGCGUACAUAAUCUAUAACACAAAGUUUGCUUUGAGAGAUUUUUGUAUCAAUAUUAUAAAUAUAAACUUUUUUUAUUGUGUGAAUGCGAUACAACUGGAAGGGAGCUUGAAAACAAUUCAGGGGGUAGAUCAUACUAGCUUAACUGGUUUUAGAAGGAAAAAGUGGUCAUAAUCAUGGAGGACGUCAGUAAUUCUGACUUUUCUGUCUCAAUGUGUGAAAGAAUGGAGUGUACAAAAUGUGGUGAAACUGUUGGGGAGGCUGUCAACUUUUGCGGGAAGUGUGGUACAUCUGUCAUUCGAGAAAGUAUCAAGACUUCCCCUGACGAGGCCCUAACUGCCCUGGAAACCUCCCCUGUGGAACCCCUUCCUGCCCCCAAGCCAGGGCAGACAACUCAGAUCCAGAUGCCACCUGACCAGCAGACUGAGAUUGUCUCCCCUGCCCAGGCAGUGAACUUGUUUGAAAAGAAAGUGGGUAUCAAGACUUCCCCUGAGGAGGCCCCAACUGCCCUGGCAAACCCCCCUGUGGAACCCCUUCCUGCCCCCAAGCCACGGCAGACAACGCAGAGGACACCUGAUCAGCAGGCUGAGAAUGUCUCCCCUGCCCAGGCAGUGAACUUGUUUGAAAAGAAAGCGGAUAUAAGAAUACUUCUUGUUGGACAUACUGGCCAUGGCAAAAGUGCAACUGGAAACACGCUUCUUGGAAUCAAAAGGGAGGAAGGAUUUCAUGAUGAAUUGAGUCAAGUUUCUGUUACACAGGAGUAUAAGAGGCUGGUACAAGAAAGGUUUGGAAGAAAAUUAGAAAUUGUGGACACUCCUGGAAUUUUUGAUACAUCCUUUGAGCAACAAUUUGUUUAUGAACAAAUAUACCAGUGUAUAGGGCUGACAUUGCCUGGUUUCAAUGCUAUCUGCUUAGUAUUGCGCCCAGAUCGCUUUACUAAAGAAUUGGUUCAAACGGUGGAAAUUUUCUUCAAAUUGUUUGGAAAAGGCGUUGAUGAAUAUGCAUUUGUCCUUUUUACCCACAUAGAAACAGAAGCAGAAAUGAAAAACUACAUAAGAGGAGGGGAGAAAAAGACUGAAGAUGAUGGACAAAAAGCAUUUCAAGUGCUUAGAAAAAGAUGUCAAGACAAAAUGUUGUUCAUUGAUAACAAAGCUUCCAAAGAUCUUAAAGAAGAUAUGGUUUUAAAUAUCUUAACAGCAGUUGAUGAAGCUAAUGCCAAAGCACUGAGGCCGUACUUUGUGAACAAAAUAAGCAGAAACUUGGCACAAAAGGCUACAGACUUUUAUAUGAUACAUGUCUGUGGAUUGGGAUCUGAGCGGUCAAAAGAAGAUCUAAGAAUUCUUCUCAUUGGACUCCCUGGACAUGGAAAAAGUGCAACUGGGAACUCCCUUCUGGAAAAAAGAUUGUUUCCUGAAAAUGCUCCCGCAGUUCCAAAUGCAGGCCAAGAAACAGAAAUGACAGCUAUACAACUUAACAAACCAAAUACAAAACCUAAAGACCUAAGUGGGGAAAUCAAUGGUCGUAAAAUAAAGAUUGUAGAGUUCCCAGUUAAAGAUCCCUCAAGCGAGAGUGACAUAGAUUUUAAGAAGGAACUGUUUCAAACAGAGAAAAUGUUGGAUCCAGGAUUUCAUGCAGUUUGUUUUGUAAUAGAUCCAAAUAAGUUCUCUGAUGUGAAAGACCAAUUCAAACGAUUCAUGGAAUACUUUGGAGAUGAUGCUAGUGAUUAUGCUUUUGUAAUCAUGACUUUUACUAAAAAUGAAAAUGAAUAUGAAGAUCAUUUUUGUUCCAAUAUAGACGCCAAACAUCCAGUUGCAUCUGUAUUGAGCUUUUGUAAAGAAAAGGAGUUAUACAUAGACAAUAAGGUCUCAUCAGCAGAAAAGGAAGAAAUGAUAAAAGAGAUGUUGACUUUGAUUGACAGUGCAAAUGCAAAAAAACUUACUCCUCACUUCAGUUCUCGGUUCAAACAACAAACUGAAGCUGCAGAGGCUGCUAAAACUGAAGAAGCUGCUAAAGCGGCCAAAGCGGCAAGAGCUGCUAUUAAAGCUGCUAAAGAAGCUGAAAUUAAGCACCAAAGGGAACUUCUAAGGGUUGAAGAGCAAGCUAUAGAAAUAUAUAAAAGAGACUUUGAAGCGGAAAAAAGACGGCUUGAAGCAGAAAAAUUGCGGCUUGAACAGGAAGUUAGUACACAAAAUAGGAGGGCUGAGAAUAUGGAAGCACGUACAAGAGAACUUGAACAGAGAGUUUUUCAAGCAGAAUUUUUCAGACAAUGUGGAAAUAAUAAUCCACCAAAAACAGAAGGUUAUAAUUGUACAAUUCAGUAAAGUUUUUUUUAGACUAUACUAUGACAACUAUAUAAACAAUUUAUUUGGUUGCUAUGACUUUUUUUAUAUAUUGUCUCAUAAAAAGUAGAUGCAUUUGUUGUACAUGAUUGCUUUGCGGUUUUUACUGGAAACAAAAAAUAGAUUUAGGUAAAAUUUCAAUCAUGAACAAUGAUAUAAAAAGCUUUCAAUAUUUAAGUUGUAUAUUUUUUUCAAUAUUAUUUAAUGGCUAUUGUUGGCAGAAUUAAAAUAAAACACAUAUCAUAUGUAAACAAAAGAUAGUCCUUUCCAUAUGUUUUCAUGUUGUUGUUUUUUUCUUAUAAUCUAUUGUUUAAAUAAUAAUAUAUUUUUUAUACC